UGCGUCAAAUGUCAAACCAGUCAAACCGCGACCGGCUGUAAAUAAACAAAAUUGCGGUUAUGGUAAAAUAAUUAUUAUUUUCUGUAUCUUCUUUCCAGUUAUUCUAGUCUUCACAUUUUUCAACAGAGUACUAUUUCUGGAAAAAAUAUUCACCUCAUUUUGCCCAGUUCCUGUCUUGAGAAAAAUGUAAUUGUGUCAGUAUUAACAAAGUGAUAAAAUCAAUAUUCACUUACUGUUAGCUCAAGAUGUCUAAGAAUACUGAGGCUGGUUCUGCUAUUGCCCCAACGGUCCAACAGAUAAUUGGGGACCGAAUAACAGAGCUUGCAGAGAAGUAUUGGGCUCCUCAUUCAGAAGAGAAACAUUUACCUUUUGAUCCUAACGUUAUAGAAGAUAUUUACAUGCAAGACAUUCGAGGAAGCAACUUCUCAGUUCGAAGAAUCAUGGUACUAGAAUUCAGUCAAUACCUGGAGAAUUUUCUGUGGCCAAAUUAUAAACCUGGAGCAUCAAAUGCUCAUAUGUUGUCGAUUGUUAUAAUGGUAAAUGAGAAAUUUCGAGAACGUGUGCAAGUCUGGCAGUCUUUUCGAAAAAGUGAUGAAUACUUUCCAGACUUCUUCCAACAAGUGAUGAGAGCCUGUCUGGAAGAUGAUUUGCUCAUAAACAUCGAGGAAAAAACGGCUCUCUUGGUGUUUCUGAAUCACUGUUUCAGCAGCAUGGAAGAAGCUCUGUGUCGUGAUCAAGUGAAAAGGUUGGUUUCUUUGUCAAUGUGGAUAUCCUUGCAGCCGGCAAGACGAGAAUAUGAACUCAAAAUGAAUCCAAAAUGGAGGAAAUACUGGCGUGCUAUCCAACGUAAAGACAAGCCUGAACAAAUGGAAAAGCUGACAUGGGAACGAACUUUUUUGCAUAGUUUGAUGCUGAAGUUUAUGAAUAUUUUAGAUUCCAUAACUGAGGAUGGGAUCUGCCCAAAAGAUAAAGUUCACUACUGCGAAAGAUUCUUGGAACUUUUAACUGAUUUGGAGGCUCUUCUUCCCACUAGAAGAUUUUUCAACACUGUUUUAGACGAUUGUCACUUAGUUGUACGUUGUCACCUUUCAGCUUUGAUAAAAAGACCUAAACGAGAAAAAUUGAGAGAUAUUACCACUUAUUUAAAUCUUGUACCUCCUCCUGAAAAAGAGAAUGAAUAUGACUGGUGUAGAACUGAUGAGGAUUUUUUGAGAGAAUUAUUGAUAUCUCGCCACGAGAGACGGCCAUCCCAACUGGAAGCCCUCAACGAAAUGCCUCUGUAUCCCACAGAGAAUAUAAUCUGGGAUGAAAAUAUUGUACCUACUGCUUAUUUUUCUGGAGAAGGUUGCCUUGCAUUACCCAAACUCAAUCUUCAAUUUUUAACAUUACACGACUACCUUUUGAGAAACUUCAAUUUGUUUCGGUUAGAAUCCACAUGUGAGUAUAAUAUUUUCUCUGUAGGUUUCAAUAUACUCAUGAGAAGAAAACCAAAGGAGAACAAUUUUAAAGCUGUUCUAGAAACCAUACGGGAACUGAUGAAUACGGAAUGCGUUGUCCCAGAUUGGUUACAUGACAUUAUUUUAGGCUAUGGAGAUCCUAGUGCAGCCAAUUACAAAAAUUUACCCUCUCAAAUUCCUACAAUGGAUUUUAACGAUACAUUUAUUGACAUGGACCAUUUGAGGUCCUGCUUCCCGAAUUAUGAAAUUCAGGUGAAGACAGAUGACCCCAAGAAACUGGUGAGACCGUUCAGGUUGACAUUUGAAGAUGCAGCUCUAAAUGAGAAUCAAGAAGAAAAGAAAACUAUUGUUGUUGAGCCACAUAUCAUUCCAAGAAGAGGGCCUUAUCUCUUUAAUGAACCUAAAAA